CUUGAACGACAGAAAGUGUCAAACCUUAUUCAGCCGUGCCCAUUCCUUCUCGACAUCCACCACAACCCCGUCGACGGGUAAAUUGUGUUUGUUUUCUUUUUUUAUUAGAUUCUUCUAGACAGAGCCUCAAGGAAUCAUCGUCCACAGCGCGCUCCUGCCCUUUGACUGUGCGUCCGCUUAGUUGUCGUCGACGCUCGUCACUGCCGCUUCCGCAUCUUGCUGCUUCUUACCCUUCCUUGCGGUCUGCCGCCGGUGUACUCUUACUGCUUUCCCUUUCUGCGCACGCUUUUCUCUCGUUUCCAAUAUGCCCUCGCAAAAUCGACGACGUCUACGGAGAAAGAGGGAGGAAGAUACGGAAGACAGCGAGCCUGUAGUGCAGCACAUAGACGAUUCCCAGAGCGAGAACUCGCUGCCGAGCGAUGAUGAUGGCGACGCCGACGACAGUGACCUUAGCGAAGCCGAACGCCCGGGUUCGCUAAGCCCCGAAGAUCAGGCUACAAAGGCUAACGGUGCAGUCAAGUCGCACGGCAGCGAGCAGGAGGGGACAGCGGUGGCGCCGAAGACGCCGGCAGCGGAUAUGGGCUCAUUCGCCCAAUCCGAGGAUACGUUGGCGAUGAUGAACGGCUUGAAGAUUUCGGAUGACGCAUCUCACACCGAAGCCUUGGACUUUGAAGGACGGCCAGGACCAGCAGUGGUCACGUCUGAUGUACCUGUGCGUUCGCCGAGCAGCCUAAGACGGCGAGAAAACUUUGCAGAGCUGAGGCGACGAGAUCAUGAGGAGUAUAAGAAGAAACGUGAUGCGGACCCUGCUUUUAUUCCAAAUCGAGGGGCGUUCUUCAUGCAUGAUCAGAGGUCGACACAGGCACAAAAUGGCUCAAGGCUAGCAGGUAGAGGAAGAGGCAGAGGCACGAUGGUGGGCGGUCCCUUCUCGCCGGCUAACGUACGACCUCAAGAUCCUGACGCAACUCCAUCAUCAUGGGCGCACGACCUCCACGAUACGCUAGAAGAUCCACCAGAUGCCCGUGCAGACCCACCGCAGCAGCAACAACUAUCGACGAGUACGGCCGCUGCCCCAGCCGUGUCGUCCUCCUCGGCUCCAGUUGGCCAAACCACUGUACGGAACUACUCUACAACGCGAGAUUUAGGACAUGUACAGAUCCGCGUUCUGUUGCCGGGAAUGAAGGAGGCUGUUACGUAUGGCAACACUCUCAUCAGGCAAUACACCAAACUGCCGGAUCACCGACCCCCUCUCCGACGGGACAAACCCGUUCGCAUUUCGCUUCCUGAGAAAGCACCACGCUACAUAUUCCCGGCCGUUGACCGUUCCUUCAUCUUCAUACCGAGAGCCCUGCGACCUAAUCAACAGGGGUUCGGCAGAGGUAGGUCAAAACUGGGCUCGAUGGGCGGAUAUUCGAGCAGGAGAACGAGCGUGUUUGGUGGAAGUGUGUAUUCCCCCAGCGUCGCCAUGAGCAGACGUUCGUCAUUCGGUCGCGACUUCAGAGAAACGUUGGUCUCGCCAGCUGGCUCGGUACGGCCCGUCGUCCGAAUGCCUCCAGGUUCUCACCACUCGACCGCUGUAGGCACUCCUCAUGCCGUGUCAGGUCAAGGAACGCCAGUUAUGAACGGCCCCACGACUUAUCCGUCGGGACCGCAGAAGCCGGCGUAUCGCGAAAACUGGCCUGCGAAUAUGCCGAUGCAUCAACCUCGCCCUCAAAAGCCCAUGUCAGUGGCUGGUAUCGAGUCACCUGCCUCGAACUUCCAACCGCCGCCGCCGCCUCCUCAGCAAGACCAGCCGUUCUCCCAUCAGCUUCCUCCGGGUGUCGCAAGUGCCAAUGGUCAGUCUGCGCAGUCGGGGUACUACCCUCAGCCGCAGUAUCCGACGCAGACUGCAGGCACUCCAUUGUCCAACAUCCCGGAACGUGCGAUCCACGCUCCAGCCUUCCAGCCGUACCAGCAGCCUGGCUUCCAGCCUGGUGCUGGAUACUUUUAUCCACCUAUGCAAGCGCAAUACCAGCCGGGCGCGGUCAUAGCGCCCAUGGUCAUGCAGAACGGACAACAAGGUGGCUACCUGGUACCGACCAUUGCUCCGGGCCCGGCGGGAGCUCCGCAGCCGAUGCAACAGCCGCCCCAAGGUCAGCCAGGCGUCCAACAGUUCGAGCAGAACGGUAUGGUCUUUUACUACGACCCGUCACAGAUGUAUAUGCAGCCAACGGAUGGACAACAGUACGGAAGCUACGCAAUGCCUGGCAUGGGAGGCAUGAUGACGCCAGCUCCCGACGGAAGCGGAUUCUACUAUCCGGUACCGAACGGCACUGUCUACUAUCCCCAGCAAUAAUUGGCGGCAGCGGCACACCACUUCUGCCCACACGAAUAUCCUUUUUCUUCGACCUGUCCCAGGGAUGGUGCGAACCUCUUAAGCGGUAUUUGGCCUUUUUUUUUCUUGGCGCUUCAACACUAUCUCUAAGCACGUUGACAUUUGAGCGACCACCUCAUUGGGGGGGGGGGGGGUUUCUUUUUAUCUCUAUUU